AUGCUGACGUUCAAAUGGUUUGUUUCCGGAGGCAACAGCGGGGUGGUCGAGGUGUUCGUCGCCGAAGGCAUCGGACCGGCACUAGACGACAACUUGGUUGGUAACGUCCCGCUUCUGUGUCGAGUUCUGAUUCCCACGUUGGAUGCUGACGAAACAGAACACGAGUUCAACGGGUCGGCCAAACUGGAAGCAAGUCCUGCUGGCUCCGACAUCAUGAAAUUGGACAGAUCAAUAGAAGGCACUGGCUGUUGCAUUGUCGCUGGUUGUUUGUCCUGGGGCGGAGUCAACAACAUAUCGGGGGCUUGUUGGAAAUCUCCAAACAAAGGAAUGCCUUGUUGCAUUAAGUUCGAUCUGCUUGAAACAGCUAAAGUAUUUGCUGGGAAUUAUGGUCAAAUCACUAAUGUGGACAAAUGUGGCUGGUGA